UCAGAAUCUAAUUUUUUUUACUUUUCAACGGAGGAAUAAUACGGUGACAUGUACCCCAUAACCACCAAAGUAGGUCCGUCCCUGUUUAGAGGCCCUAUCUUGAAGGUGACGACGAUGUCAAGUUGAUGGCAUAGAAAGACCGAGCGUUCACGCGGUCUUUGUUAGAAAGCAUUUUCAGUCCAUUUGCUGGAAAAUGCCUGAAUAAAACGACCGAGACCACUGGCCAAUAUAUGCGGUUUUUAACCGAUUCACUCUAAACCGGUUCUUAACCGAUUCACUCCAAACCGGUUCUCAUGCCACCCGUCUUGGAAUCUUUCGUACAUUUCUCCCCCCAACCUCCAUUUUGCCAGAGAUGGAGAAUGGGGACGAUUGGUUAGCAUACGACAAGCUCCAGCACUUCCUUCUCUGCUUCUUCAUCACCGUCAUCUUCUCCUUCCUCGCUUCCCGUACCAGAUACUCCGCCCUACGCCGCCGCAGCAUCUCACUAGGUUGCAUCCUUUCUCUCACCGUUGGCGCUGCCAAAGAGGUCGCUGACGAGCUCGGUUUCUUCAAAUCAGCCGGCGCUUCCACCAAAGACGCGGUUGCCGACAUAGUCGGCGCUUCAGUUGCCGUGAUCGCUCUUAGUUUGUGGAACUUCUUUUGUUUCCGCAAUAGAUCGGGGCAAACUCGAGGAGUCGAGAUGGUUUGAUCUUCAAUCGAUCGCUCAUUGUUGAAUUGUUCAUCGAUCAGAUCUGUAUAUCGAUAUUAAUCAGAAAAGCUUAGGUAGUUGGAGGCAGAAUACGUAGUCGCAGGUGAUUAUUACAGGUUCAAUACAUUGAGAUCCUCAACCUUUUG